CAACCCGUCGCCCAACCGAACGAGCCUGUCCCGACCUAUACGGAGCCCGCAUAUUUCGCCAGAUGAACUCGAUACCUACGUGAUAAUCGAUUGGAGGACCUGGCUGAGAUGUCGGGAACACAGAUCAUCGACGACAAGAGCCCCAUAUGCAUCCCUUUCAUACUCGAGCGCCUCAAGGUCCACAACGCGACCAACCAGACGAGGCCCUUCGUCAUCGGGCUCAACGGUGUCCAGGGCGCCGGCAAGACAACCCUGGUUAGAGCCCUCGCCUCCAAACUACAAGAAGGGGAGGGUCUGCAAACCCUGGUUUGCAGCAUCGACGACUUCUACCUGACGCGUCAAGAUCAGAAGGCGCUUGCAGAGUCCCACCCGGGGAACUCGCUGGUCCAGGUUCGGGGCGAACCAGGUACCCACGACGUGCAACUAGCUCGAGAUUUCUUCACAGCUUUGAAUCACGGCCAGCAGGUCAAAGUCCCCCAGUACGACAAGUCGGCUUAUUCGGGCCAGGGUGACAGAGUUUCGGAGUCCCAGUGGGAGACGGUCAACGAACCGGGGCAGCCUAGAAUUCGCAUCGUCAUCUUCGAGGGCUGGUGCGUUGGUUUCCGGCCGCUCGCCCCCGCCGAGGUAUCCCAGAAAAGGGAUGCGCCGAGCCGAACGCUGCACCGACAUCCUCUAGACCACCUGACUUUCAUAAACGACCGCCUUCGGGACUACGACGCCAUCACGGACAUGUUCGAUGCAUUCAUCCACAUCGACGCCGAAGAUACCCAAUGGGUCUACGACUGGAGGUUAGAGCAGGAAAUAAUGCUGCGAAGUCAAAAAGGGACGGGUAUGACCGACGCCCAAGUCGUCAAAUUUGUUGAUGCUUAUUAUCCCGCCUAUGAGCUAUUCUCCGACAAGCUGAGGAGUGGCUUGUUCCCGGGUAAGCCAGGAUGUCAGCUGAGAUUAGUUGUUGGCAGAGAUAGAAAAGUCAAGCAGACAAUUUUCCUUUAAUAUGUGAGAGCAAAUGGGUAUCUUACCAGGUGGUUUCCCUUGGCAUCACAAUCCGGUGAUAUCCUUGUGCGCCCCGAAGAAAGAAAACAGGAUAGGAGCUUGUCUAGGAGAGCAAAUGCCACGCCCCAACACCAUGCAGCGUAACCGUA